AUUGGAGACACGUGCAGUGCACAUGUAUGUAUAUAGUUGCAUGCCUCAUCACAUCAACGUGUACAUGGCCCUCAUGUAUCGUAUCACCACAACAAACAAAGAACGACACGAAAAACACAAACAUGAGUUUUCAUCCGUGUUUGUUGCAAAAAUACAUCAGUCUCACUCAGCCAGCUACUUCCGCCCGCCCCUUGGCAUCCCGUCCCUCCCGUUUGAUUCUCUUGCCCUUGCCCCGAGCACCAUCACCACCAGCCGCACCCUUUCUCUUGCGGUGGCCAUGGGGGAUGCGUCUGUCCGUUCCUUCCUGAGAAUCGCUGCUAAUGACCAUGGCAUGUGAUGCCCUCCCACCCGACUGCACAUCCCCGCCCCGCCCCCCCUGCUGCUGGGCCGCCACUUCAUCGGCACAGUCAGUAAGGUCCACAACGUCCCUUUGAUCGCCUCGCGGCUGCUGUGACACUGCUGCUGCUGCCGCUGCUGGUGGGAUGGGGUUUGAGGUGGGGGGCAUCCGACGCUCGCUGGCUGCUCCUCCAGCAGGAUGCGCAGCAGCAGCGGCAGCACUCACCAUAGGACGCUGAUCACCAUCCCCUCCCACGCCCUCCGCAUCUCCCCCAUUGUCACCAUAGUCGUCAUCGAUCCACCCGUCGAUUUCAUUCAUUGGCACCUCAUCUUCCCUCUCCCUCUCGCUCUCCUUUGCCUGCGGUGCAGGUGCGGCAGCCGCAGCUGGCAUGGUGGCUGGCUGGGGGUGAGGGGCCCGUGCCCACAUGAAUUGAAUGCUGGGUGGCCGAAACGGUUGUCGGGGGACUGGGCUGUGUCCUCCUGCAGGAGGGCAGGGAAUCCCCCUCGGCGGCAUGGGGCCAUGAGGCAUCCCCACGGGGCGAGCGAUAAUACCAUCAGCAGGUGGUCUGGGUCUGGGUGGUGGGGGCCGGACGUACGCACGCGCAGGCGGACCCGGAGGCGGGGGUGGCAUUGCAGGUGGCUGUGAGGUUUGGGAGUACCACAGCGGUGGUAGGUUGCCAGGAGGGGCGAUAGGGGGCAUCGCGGCAGCGCCGCCGCCGGCCGGGUCAUUGGCAUCGGCAACACCUGGCAGCCGAGGGGGAGUGCGGCUGCGGGGUGGGGCUUUGUUGUAGAAUUGCGGCCGUCCGCCUGGUUUGGAUGGGUUGGCCAUGGCGGCCAAGAAGUCACGCGAGGGCCCGGUGCCAUCCGCAGCACCACUGAGGGACUUCAGCAUCUGCUCCAAUGCACGCUUGACAGCUGUCCGGUCGUCAUCGGGGAUGUGCGAGUAUGUGAUGCGAUUGACGAGUGGCGAGGGGUCGGGUGGGAGGUCCGCCAGGUAGGGGGAAACGGAGCAGCGGUUGGGUUUGUUGUUGUCGAGCUUGAUCUCGACGAAUGAUAUGCGCAGCUGCUCCUUGGCCCGGGAAAGAGCCACAUAGGCCACGCGCCGCUCCUCCUCCUGCGAAUCGGGCCCGCUGCCUCCACUGCCUGCAAUGCAAUCAAUGCACGUACACACAAGAGAGCAGGUGUGUGCGGCGGUGUCUCUCUGGUGUCCUUCCUGCGGUGUCUAUAGGCCUGCCUACUGUGUAGGGCAGUUCAGUCGGGGUGUUUGGUGACUGACUGACCUGUAUUCUGUCCACCACAAGGCCAUUCGCCGUCGUUCAUGCGUGUGCAGAAGACGAAUGGCCACUCCUUGCCCUUGGCGCCGUGAGCUGUGGUGAGGGUGACGCAUUCCUCUCGUUGUUGGUGGACGCCUUCUCAGCCAGCAGCUCGGUCGCAUCGUCUGAGGGACACAAAUACACCCACACAUACACGGACACACACACACACAUAUGGAUGGAGGGAUGGAUGGAUGGAUUGUCUCUGACCACUGAGAGCUAUGGCGUCCAGGAAGCCAGAGAGACGAGCAGCAGGAGACUGCUGCUGCUGCAAGGCAAGGCAAGGCAAGGCAAGGCGACCAAGGGAGGCAGAGGGCAAGGUAGGUAGGUACGGAUGGUACGGAUGGAGGGGGCUUUCCUUUCUUUGUGUUUGUGUGUCUCCUUCCUUCCUUCUGUGCAUGUCAUGUCGUGUCGUGUCGUGUCGUGUCGUGUCGCCGCCUACAGUGUAUGCUUUUGCCUCUCGCUGGAGUGCCUCUAUUAGUGCACCGUAGUCUCGUGACUGGGGCAGCUUCUUGACGACACGGUGCAGAAAUUCCGACAACUCCAGAUCCCUCAGCCUGACGCGUGCCAUGUGUGUAUGUGGUGGGUGAGGGGGACACACACACAAAGCAGCCCGGUGCGCAUAUCUGGUCAUUCUGUAAACCCUCCCCUGACCGACCGACCUGUCGGUGAGUUGGCAUGACUUGUCGAGUACAUUGCAUGCGGCGCAGAUCGCCCGGUUAAGCACCUCGUUCUCAUGCACACGCUGCCUCGGCCCGUCUGGCUUCUCCUCAUACACGUGAAUCCUGCCGACCGCUGCCCGCACGCGCUGCUCGAACCUGCUGAUGGCGUCUGCAGACGGCUCUGCCAGCCGUAGCUGCUCCCGUCGGCGACGGGCCACCCUCUCUCGGUCUUUCUUCUUGGGGAGCUUCUGGGCCCUGGGCGGCUGCUUCUUGAUGGGUGGCCGGUGGGGCGCCGGCGGCUGCUGGUGGUGGUGGUGGCCGUCCUGGGUGUCGUGGUCGGGUGGUGGUGGGGGUGGGGGCUGGGGCACCUCCUGCUCGGCCAUGGCACUCAGGAUGGUGAGGCAGGUGAUGAAAGGCAGGGGGCCGUUGGGGGGAGGCAGCUCCUUGCGACCUGGCCACAUGCAGCGCAGUGACCCACAUGCAGAGUGUCGCGUCGUGUAGUGUCCUGAGGUCUUUUUGCUGUUGCUGCAUUGUGUUCUGAAGUCUAGUCUAGUAUUUGUGUAUUUUCCCACCGAAUGCAGCCAUCUGCCUCAGUAGCUCCACGGAAUGUUUCGUCCCUGUCGGUCAGACAUGGCCGUCACCGCCCGCAUGGCAUCGUCGUCGUCGAUCGGCUUGAGAACGAAGCGACAGAUCGCCAGAAUGUCCUCUACCUGCCAGCCACAUGACAUGUACCACCCAACAACAUACAUACAUACGGACGUACGUAAGUACGGAUAGAUGGCCACGCCACGGGGCGAUUGCCAAGUCGGAUUCAUUUCACCCCCCUCACCUCUCGCUGGGAGUAGUAGGCGGCCCCGCGGACGACCAACGGGAUGUUGUGGCCCUCCAGGAACUUCUGAAACUCCGUCAACGUUGACUGCUUCCUAUACAAUACAAUACCUCAUUCAUACCACAGAAACCGUGAUCGUCAGUCAGUUCUCCCCGCCCAUGCCCCUUCCCCCUUCAUUCACUGUGUGUGUCAUGUGCAGGUAGGUAGGUACCUGCAGAUGAUCGCUAUGUCCUUCCACUGGCAGGAAGGCUGCUGCAGGGGCCCACUACCAGCCCCAUCAAUGAACCCCUUGAGCAUGAGUAUGUGUAGGAGCACCCAGAACAUCUCAUGCUCGGGCGUGGCACACGAGCAGGCCUCCACGGGCUGCCCUCUACCGAGCGCCGCGGAGACCGGGGGCGGGGCAGCAGCAGAGGGGCACCACCACCACGCAGGACGGCCUGACUCACUUCAACAAUGCUCUUGCUACUCCUGAAUGAACAGCACAAAAAUAGGUAAAGCCACAGGGGCGUGCAUGCAUUUCGAACCAAUCAAGGGAUCCAAUCCUCAGUGGAUUGGAUCUUACUGACCUGAAGUUCUGCGUGAGCUUGACCCUGGGAGCGGCUUGGUACCGGUCUCGGAACGCCCCGAACUGGUCGUCUCCAGCACCUAUUAGCGCACAAAAUGAGAUGGAUGUGGACAUAUGCUGUUUGAGUCCGGGCAGCUGCUGCCUACCCUGGAAGCCAUAGAUUCGCUGGGAGGGGUCCCCAACGACCGUCACGCGACCGUCACGGGCGAGCAGGUGCAGCAAUUGUAGCUGCACCGUGGAUGUGUCCUGCACAGUGCACACACAGACACAGACACACCCAUUCAUUCAUUCAACUAGAGGGUGUAUGCCAUGUGUCUCUCCCGCUGGCCCCGUCUCUCUGACCUGAAAUUCGUCAACAAGAAUGAAUGUGUGGCGCUUCGUCAGCUCGGCCAGCAGAGGGGACGCCGGCUGCUGUAGUGAGUACAUGACGGCCUUGAGCAUGUCACAGAAGUCCAGGCAUCUGGCCGCCUUCAUGGACUCCUCGUACUCACGGUACACGAUCCUCUGAUUGGCUGCACGCAGCGCACGAUACACACAUAGAAUACAGGAAUACAGGAGAGCAUUAAAGUCAUGCAGGCGAUGCGUGUGUGGUCACUGUGGUGGCUGGCAUCUGACGCACCUGUGAGGGAGCUGUCGUCUGGUGGUAGGUUGCGUGCCUUGGCUCUGUUGAUGGCGCGGAGGUAUUUGGCGGCUGGUCGGAUGUUGGUGGAGUGGCUCCGCUGGAUGACGUUCCUGGUCUGCAAAUCCUCGAGGAUCUCCCCGACCUUGAAUCUCUGCUUGUUCUCAUCCACGACCUGGAACGCCGCCUCCUCAGGCUGCUGCUGGGGCGCCUCGGCUGGUGUGGUGCCGCCUGUGGCUAGGGUGGCACUCGCCUCUCCACCACCCCUCCCCCCGUCCUGUCCGCCAUCCUCAGAAACCUCUCCGGUAGCGCCACCAAGCCGAAAGAAGGCAUCGGCCACCUCAGGCCGCUCCCUUAGGACACUCAAACAAAACGCAUGGUAGGUCUGCACUCCUAUGCGGGCGAGAGGGUUCGUUCGGGCGUUGCCAGAUGCCUUCAAUCGCGCCUUGAGCUCUUCGCAGGCUGCGCGACUGAACAAGAGAGAGAACACGCAUCGCAUCGAUGCACACGCAUCUGAAUGGCGGCUGACCUGAAGCUGAAGACCAGGAUGGCUUCAGGAGCUAUCUCGUAGAGAGAGAUGAUCAACUCCAGCCGAAAGAUUAGCGUUUUAGUCUUUCCGCUUCCGGCGCACGCCUCUAUUGACAGCGGUUCGUCUGUCGGCGACUGACGCGCCCUAUCCUGCUCCUCGGUCAAAGAGCCAGCUGCGGGAGCCCCCGCCAU